AUGGUUUUCUUUUUUACUAGCAAUGUCGUUAAUCCACCUUAUACGAUCUAUAUGGGUCGGGACAAAUAUGAAAAUAAUGAAUUAUUGAAAUAUUGCUGGCCAGAAGAUAUAUGGUUUCAUGUCAGUAAAUUAUCUUCGGCUCAUGUCUAUUUAAGACUUCGCAAGGGUGAAACUAUCGAUAACAUAAAUGCGGAUGCCCUAGAGGAUUGCUGCCAAUUAGUUAAAGCUAAUAGCAUUGAAGGAUGUAAACUAAAUAAAGUCGAUAUUGUUUAUACAUCUGUUGAUAAUCUUCGACAAACAAAUGAUAUGGAUGUUGGUCAAGUUGGAUUUCAUGUUGAUAAAAAUGUGAGACAAUAUAUUGUGAGCAAAAAACAAAACGACAUUGUCAAUCGAUUAAAUAAAACAAAAACUGAAAUUUCAACAGAACUAUUUAUCACUCAACGAGAGCAACGUGAUAAUUUAGAACGGGAAGACAAAAAGCGUUUAAUGAGAGAACAAAAACAACGUGAUAAAGAAGAAGACAAACGUCGGCAAGAACAAUCUGAAUUAAGAAAUUAUACUUCGCUUAUGCAUUCGGAUAAGAUGCGAUCGAACAAGGAUGGUAAUGAUUCGGAUGAAUUCAUGUAA